AUGCCAGCAACGAUCGAGCGGCAAACCGUCGCUCCACCCUCGGACGAAGCGACCGCCUCGGAGCUCUCCAAAGCCUUUUUGAUGCCCCUUGGAUCACGCUCGUACAGCAAGCAGUACGCCCAAUUGUACGACUACCGUCUCGCCUAUCUCAAGAAACGGGUCCUUGCCCGCGCCAAAUCGCGCUGGAUCGACAACUUUGACUCGUUCUUCCAGUCUCAAUCCCAGCCGCUGUCGCAACUCGACUCAUCCGAUGCCGGACCGUCUUCCAACACGGUCAGGAUGGACGAACCGCCGAAAUUCGUCGAUCGAAUCCUCGACGUUCGCCAAGGCGACAUCUGCUAUGUUGUAGGCAAUCUCUACUGCGCCAUGCCGCUCAAGCCAGAUGUAUUGGAGGAUCUUACACGAGAGCAGUGGCUGGCACCACAGCCUGUACGAUCCAAGUAUGUCGAUUACGCCAAAGAUGAGCUGUUUAUCGAAGACCAGUCGGGUCGGGUCAAGUUGGUCGGUGAGGCUAUUCGGGGCGGUACGGCUCUCAGGUCGAUGCUCAUCACCGGUGUUGUAGCCGCGGUGCUGGGGACAGAGACGCGCGCGGGUGACUUUGAUGUAGUUGAUGCGGUGUUCGCGUCUUUACCCAAUCAGCCAUCGACGAAGAAGAGCUUGCAAGAUCCGAGCAGAACAAAGCAUGCAGAUGCAUCGCAGGAUCAGUGGGUGGUGCUGAUGAGCGGUCUAGCCAUCGGAGGCGAAGCGGCUCUCGAAUCGCAACUUUCGAUGCAGUUGCUCGUCGAGUACCUCACCGGCGAGCUUGGCGUCGACGCGGACCGAAGUAACGCCUCGAAAAUCGUCGCUGCCGUGAUCGCCGGUAACUCUCUCGCCCCUCCCACACGCAUCGAGGAAGAAGAGAAGCCCAAACGAUACGGUCAAGAUCAACCCAACUAUUCGUCAGCACCCACGCUAGCGUUGGAUCAGCUGCUGACCGAUCUAUGCUCUGUCAUGCCCGUCCACCUUCUUCCAGGCGAACGAGAUCCCGCAUCGGUGGCAGUACCGCAGCAACCCAUCCACUUUGCGCUUCUGCCGCGCUCCGGCCGCUUCGACUCGCUGCACCGCCACACGAACCCGGCAUGGAUCAGCCUCGGCGAUCGCAACCUGCUCGGUACAUCGGGUCAGAACAUUGACGACAUCUUCAAGUACGUCGACGAAUCCGACGACGCGCGCAUCGAGAUGGCGUUGCGCACGCUCGAGUGGGGUCACCUCGCCCCGACAGCGCCAGACACGCUUUGGUGCUACCCGUUCAAAUCCACCGAUCCGUUCGUGCUCAAGAACCGACCGGAUGUGCUGAUCGUAGGCAAUCAGCCUGCGUACGCCAGUGCCGUGUAUCGGUUCGACAGCGAUGACGACGAGCAAAGCCAGGCGCCCGAAUUGCAAAACGGAUGCAGGGUAGUGCUGGUGCCCGAGUUUGCCAAGACUGGUCAGGUGGUCUGGCUCAAUCUUGGCUCGCUCGAGACAAAGCUUGUUUGCAUCGAGACACCAUUUUGA